AUGGAAAGAUUUUUUUUAGCAUUAUUAGUAACAUUUUUGAGGCAACUUUUAAUAUUUGUUAUUCAAAAUUGGAAUGUGAAACAAAAACCGGAAGUUCCUAAAAUAGACACCAUGACAGAUAAAACAGAUGAAUGGAAGGAAGAAAAGUUUGAGCCAGAAGAUAAUCCACAUGGGGUGGUCUCUGAGAGUUCAUUCGCAACAUUAUUCCCCAAAUACAGGGAGAAAUAUCUGCGAGAAUGCUGGCCUCUAGUGAAAAAAGCACUCAGUGAAUAUAAAAUUAAAGCAGAGUUAGAUGUCGUAGAAGGGAGCAUGACAGUGUUCACCACAAGAAAGACAUGGGACCCUUAUAGCAUCAUACGAGCUAGAGAUCUCAUUAAAUUACUAGCUCGCAGUGUUCCAUAUGAACAGGCAAUUCGGAUCAUGGAAGAUGACAUUGCGUGUGACAUCAUAAAAAUUGGAGGGCUCGUCAGGAAGAAAGAUCGUUUUAUAAAAAGAAGACAGAGGCUCAUAGGACCAAAUGGCUCCACUUUAAAGGCUUUGGAGCUAUUAACCAAUUGUUACAUCAUGGUACAGGGUAACACAGUUUCUGCCCUUGGGCCAUACAGAGGUUUACGUGAUGUCAGGAAAGUUGUAGAAGACACAAUGAAAAAUAUACAUCCAAUAUAUAACAUAAAAACUCUGAUGAUAAAGAGAGAGCUAAUGAAGGAUGAAAAUCUCAAGAAUGAAUCUUGGGAUAGAUUUUUACCGAAAUUUAAAGCGAAAAAUAUUAGCAAAAGAAAACAGCCACUGAAGAAACGUAAAAAGAAAGAAUACACACCUUUCCCACCCGCUCAGCUCGAAAGCAAGGUUGACAAGGAACUGGCAUCUGGAGAAUAUUUCCUCAAGGAAGAACAGAAGAGAGCAAAGAAACAGGAGGAGAGAAGGGCAAAACAAAAAGCUACAGUGAUUAAAUCUCAAGAGCGACGUGCAAAAUCAUUUGUGGCUCCUGUUGAACCAACUCACACUAAAACAAAAGAUGAUACAAAGAAAGAUUCCAAGGUCGACGUGGAGGCCCUAAAGAAAAAAAUAAAACUGUCACAGAAAAGAAAAGUUCCAGCUCCAAACCCAAGUGAAGAUAAAGGACAAAAGAAGAAAAAGAAAAGCAAAACAUAA